AUGUCAACCAAGAGAUAAAACUAAAAAGAGAAAUAAAAGAUUAUGCCACCAAUCUAAGAGCAUAAUGAUCGUACAAUUAUUUAAAUUGAUAGUGGUAGCUGAACCUAAAAUACUUUCUUAUGAAGGUACUUUUCAUAGUCAUUUUAGUUGGAGAGACUCAGAAACAAUUUCAAAAUGAUAACUUGAGGGAUUCAAAUAAGUAUUUAAAUUAAGAAGUAAAUAUUGAUUAAUAAUGAAAGAAAGAACUCAAUUUAGAUUAAUUAGAGCAAUUUUCAUAAAAUUACAAUAACAACAUUUAAAAGUAGAAUGUUUCAAAUAAACAAACUAAUGAUUUUCAAUAAUUACAAGAAAUCUAAAAUCCAAACUAAUUGGAUAGAAAAAGUUUAUAAAAGUAAUCUAAAGAGACAAAAACAUAAAGUACAUUAAAUGAGGAAAUCAAAAUAUUUGAAGAAAGAAUUGUGAAAUAUACAUCAGAAGUCAAUUAAGAAAUAAAAUUGAGUCCUAGACUUUCAGAUGAAUGGAAAAAGAAAUUUACCUAAAUAAAAAAAAAGAAAUGA